AUAUGUGGCAAAGCGGAUGAGACGUCAGCCGUGGACAAUAGAUGAUACUCUGCUGAUUUUUUCCUUGCAGAUCUUCAUGUACUUUGUCGUGGCAGGGUUGAUCAUAUGCAAGCGCUUUUUCCUUACCCACACUUGUCCAACAACUGACGAAGCGAAGCGGUGGCCGAAGGGCAUGUCGGUCAACACAUGCCUACCAAAAGCACAGAUGAGCUAUACAUAGCGCUCUUAGUAUUGUGGUGGUUUAGAAUUCCUAUGGGCCUCAGCAUGCUUACAACUCGAUGCGCAAUCUCGACCUUCUUCAUCCGAACCUUGUACACUCGAAUGUUUCCUUGGCUGAGACGCAUUGGUACAUACCAUCACAAAACUUUAUUUUCCUAUUCUGUCAGACGGCCUUGUUGAUAGAUCUCACAGCGUACUGUUGCAUCUACCUGGCCAUCGCUCUAUGCAUUACUGUAGUCUUCGGGAUACUGCUACAUUGCCGGCCAGUAAAGUGGAAUUGGACGCCGCCAUUUGAAAAUUCGGGACGUUGUUUCAAAUUCAGACCGUUCAUCAUCACGAUAGCCGCUGUUGGCGUCGCCAUAGACUGUGUUACUUGGAUGCUACCUCAUUGGGUAGUGUGGAACCUACAGCUCCGCCCAGCUCACAAGGUUGCGAUCACAGCUAUUUUCGCUCUCGGUACACUUAACGUUGUCAUGGGGGGGUUUCGACUCUACCUUCUUGAUACAGCAGCUUACGAAAACGACGUAACUUACGGUAUAAGUAUCACAUUGAUGUGGGCGCUUGCACAUACGAGUACCGCCAUUGUUGUCGCCUGUUGCCCACAACUACGGCCCGUCUUUGAAAAGUUCGUUCCGAAGAAGCUUACGCGUAUCGUCAUACGAAGACCACAUCUUCUUCAAGCCAGGGGAAAUCCAAUCAGGGUCACAAUAAGGAUCGAUAUUCACGAUAACUUCUGUGAAGUGUCAGAGCCAGCGUCCUUCCAUGACGGACACCAGGAACCUUGGGCCCCGACUUUUGAAGUCGAGCGGGGGCCAGCUACUGAUGUACAGGACACAAUAUUCUGUUGUGGAUGUCUGACUAGAAGACCCUGUUGCGUAUGAUACAGCGAGGCGAAGUGCUGUUUGGGACGCCGACUUCACUUUGUGGUGGGCUGAUCUCUCCUUUUGGGUAUAUUCCUUCGAGUUUCAGUGGACCUAACCU